AUGGGGAUAACGUUCUCCUGCCCAGGCGCAGAUUCCACGUUCGACAAGAGCUUCGAUGCUCUUCUGAUGAGGUCGAUCAGCUUUCAGUGCGACGACGUUCAGGGUUCCCCCCGCUCCGCCAGCUUCAACAGCAGGGACAGGGAGCCUUCCAUUCUCGGAGCUUUUGGCUCCGGGAAGAUGCUCAUCGAGGGGUCCCUGAGCUUCAAGGCGAGAGAUUCGGCCCCGUUCCAGUUAGAGACCAAGUUCUCCUUCAGGGCUUCCGAGAUCAGUGAGCCCCAGCUCCCGAUAGCAGACGCCACGACAGAGGGCACCCCCAAGCAUGAUGCUGCCGUGAAGCUGCAGAAGGUCUACAGGAGCUUCCGCACGAGGAGGAAGCUCGCAGAUUGCGCUGUUCUUGCGGAGCAGCGCUGGUACGAGACUCGUUUUUACCCUGAUUUGGAUUACUUUUCUUCUGUGGCUUAUGAAUCCGAAGAAUGGGGGCUGAUAAGGCGAUCUGCUGCAGGUGGACGCUGCUGGAUUUCGCUCUUCUGAAGAGGAGCUCGGUGUCCUUCUUCGACGUCGAGCAGCCCGAGUCCGUCGUCUCUCGCUGGUCGAGAGCCAGAACCAGAGCUGCGAAGGUGGGCAAGGGGCUGUCCAAGGACGAGAAGGCCAAGAAGCUGGCCUUGCAGCACUGGCUAGAGGCGGUGAGUUCAUGAAGGAAAAAAAUGAAAGAUUUUCCGAUUUCUGCAGCAUAUGAUUUCGAUCACGAACUAAUCCUUCUCCAAUGAUUCCCUUUUGGUAGAUCGAUCCCCGCCAUCGGUACGGGCACAACCUCCACUUCUACUAUCUUCGCUGGCUUCACUGCGAGAGCCGGCAGCCCUUCUUCUACUGGUAAUCACGCUUCCUUCUUCCCGAUACGGGGAACAAGAUCACGUUUCUAGUUCUAACCCGAUGAAUGAUUUCUCCAGGCUGGACGUGGGGGAGGGGAAGGACGUCAAUCUCGAGCAACACUGCCCCCGUUUGAAGCUCCAGCAGCAGUGCAUCAAGUACCUCGGCGAUGUGGGUCCUCUGUAACCAUUGGCAAUUAGUUUAAUCUCGCUCUGUCUGAAACUAAUGUCGUCGGCCUGGGCGUGGCGCAGAAUGAGAGGGAAGCUUACGAGGUCAUGGUGGAGGAGGGGAAGCUGUUCUACAGGCAGAGCCGGGAGCCUGUGGAUACCUCUGCGGGCUGCAGAGACUCGAAGUGGAUCUUCGUCCUCAGCACAUCCAAGACUCUGUACGUCGGCCAGGUAAUCCCGGAAGAACACUGAGAUUAGAAUAAUCCCGCCAUGAAAGUAAUGGGCGUCCUCAUCUGUUCUUCUCCGUGGUGUGCAGAAGAUGAAGGGGACCUUCCAGCACUCCAGCUUCCUGGCGGGAGGGGCCACGUCCGCCGCGGGGAGACUGGUAGUAGAGAGAGGCACCCUGAAGGUAAGGGAUCAUGGUCAUCGAACCUAGAGAGAGAAAGGAUAUGGAAAGAUUGAAUCUUUGUUGUAAUUCUCUUCGUCUUGCCUGAACAGGCUGUCUGGCCGCACAGCGGGCACUACCGCCCGACUGAGGAGAACUUUGAGGAGCUCGUGAGCUUCCUGACCGACAACAACGUGGACCUCACCGACGUGAAGGUUUGACCCUCCUCUGUUUUCUUUCUCUCUCACCCCUGGCUGGGAUCACUCUCACUAAUACUCUCUUUCUCUCUCUACAAUACAAUCCAGAAAAACCCGACUGAGGAGGACGAGGAAUCGUGGGCGGGGGAGAGAAGCGGCGGCGGCGGCGGCGGCCAGAGCUCAUUCUCUGAGCGCAACCGCGCCGUGGAGGAGGCGGAGGUGCCGCCAGAACCAGAGAGGGAAGAAGGAGGCGAGGACCCGCAGAGCUUCCAGGGGCUGUUCACGGAGUUCGAGGGGGACAGCGAGGAGGAGGGCGAGGAGAAGAAGGGAGGGGAGGAGGAGCUGGCCGUGUACCAGAAGAAGAACCUCUUCGAGGAGCACGGCGGCGAAGGGGACGAUGCGCCGCCGGUUCCGCCGGAGAAGAUUCUGAGGAGGAUCAGCUCCAAGAAGGGCCUCAGAUCCUACCAACUGGGCAAGCAGCUGUCCUUCAAGUGGACGACAGGCGCAGGCCCUCGCAUCGGCUGCGUCAGGGACUACCCAUCGGAGGUCCAGCUUCAUGCCCUCGAGCAAGUUUACUUGUCCCCAGGAGGAGCCAGGGGCGGCGCCGGCCACCCGCCGCCAGCACGAGCGGCGGCGGCGCCGUCGAGCAGAGACUAG